GAUGCCUGUCAUUCCUAAGAAAUGCAGCGCUGGAUCGAGGAGCAUCGCCGCCUUCGCCAAGAAGGCCUCUGCGCCGACACCAUCUCUGCCGCUGCCGCCGGUGAAGAAGCGGCUGAAGACGAGUGGGCCGCAGCAGAUCGUGGUGGCGAAGGCGACUCCCAAACCAGCACCGAAGGUGCGACGUGAGCUGGUCGCGCUCACGGACGCAGCAUCUUCGUCACGGGCGCGGGCGCCACGGUGUGAUGCCCCCGCUGGCUCCGAUGCUGCAGCCAGCCUCGCGCCAUGCGGCAGCGCACCUGUCGAGCCCGUCGAGCCUGGCGAGACGAAUGUCCCAAUGGAGGUGGACGCCGGAACUGGAGAUCUCCCUGGCUGCGUGGAGGAGCCUCCAGAACCCAUCGACCCGCUGGCACCGACGAGCACGCCUUGCUCGACUGAGGCGGAUGCGCAGCCCUCCCAAGAGGCUCCGACGUUUUGUCCGCCACGCAGCAUCCUUCGGGCCAAGCUGGACUUGAAUGUGCAGCCGAUUCCCGAAGACGCGUCCUGGAGGGCACCCGACGACGAUUUCGAUAGCCUUGCCACCACAGAGCCAAUGGAUGGCAGCGAGGCAGCUUUGGCUUUGGCGGCAGGGGGCGUUCUGGAGGUCGAGCAGGCUGCCUCCAGUGAGGUGGCGGCGCCAGGCUGCCAGGAUAUCGAGGCAUCGCCCGGCGCUGCUGCAAGCCAGGCAGGUGGCUCAGGAGAGCCCGCCAUCGCCCUCGAGGCAGGCGGCGACGUUGCGGGCGGCUCGCAGGAGGGCGACGCCGAUUCUGCUGGCCCCGGCGCCCUCGACAUCGGCCGCAUCGAGGACCCCGGCGGUGCGCUGGCUGUCGGCUCGUUUGGCAACGACGUGCAGCCGCAGCCGCCGCCGCCCGCGCCCGCACCGCCUGUCGCGCCGGCGUUGGUCUGGCCGCCGAUCACGAGGACCUUGGCGGACUUGUUCAAUUGGGCGAGUCACUGCGUGACCGCAGUUGCUCGACAUGACGGCAAGCCCGAGGACGCAGUGUUAACCGAGUUGCGUGUGGCGGUCAGCGAGACGACGUACACGACGGCCUUCAGUGGUAUCGACGCGCCUGGGGUUGCCGCGUCCACGAUUGAGGGCCUUCUCGACGAUCAAGGUUUCCCAGGGCCAUCAAUGAGGCACCUUUCGUCGACGGAGUUUCUCGAGGAAAGCAACCAGGAGCUCGGGAUUCACCCUCACUGUCCUGAACAUCAGUUUGAAGACAUCGAGUCCUUCUGGGAGCCGUCGGUCAAGGAGAAGCUCGACUCGCUGGGGCGCGCCCACGUGGCGAUCAGUCUCGACAUGCUCCGUGAGAUCAUCCUGUCUGGCCGCGCGGUCAGGGACCACGCGCCUUGCAGGUGCCGCCAUUGCGCGGGACGCCGCAGGCGCCACCCUCGUGGCAAGGUCCACUGGGCGGGGACCCCGUGCGUGGACUGGUCGCCGAUUGGGCAGCAAGGCAAAGACUCGGGGCGGACAGUUCGAGCCCUGGCGAUCUGGAUCGCUCUGAGGAUCCUCUUGCAGGAGCCCAUCGUGAUCCACGAGAAUUCCGACCGCUUCGACGUGUCCAUCCUGACCGACUUGCUCGGCGCCCACUACCACGUGCACUCGCAGUUCGUCGCCGCCGUCGCUGGACGAUCCUGCUGCAUCGCCGCCACGUGGCAACAGUCUGGCCCUCAGCAGCUGGCGGAAGGCUAA